AUGACCCGAAUACAGCCCUCACAAUGGAACUUUGACAUUGAUCGGUUCAUCAACCCCUUUGUCCCCCAUCCCCCCUGGCGCCACCUGCCGACGCCCGUGUCCCGCUUCUUCGGCUACCGCAAGACGAAGCCCGACAACACGGGCAACUUUGUCCUCAUCCUCUGGGCCUUUAUCGGCAUCUUCUGCGGCAUCGCCGUCAUCGAGCUCGUGUCCGACCACGUGCCCUCCUUCCGCCACCAUGGCGCCCCCAUCAUCGUCGGCAGCUUCGGCGCCGCCGCCGUGCUCGAGCUCUUUCUCCUCGCCGGCCCCGCCCCGUUCGCCGACGUGCGCUGGGUCGCCGGCGCCCUGUCGUGCGCCACGGCCACGGCCCUCAUGGCCCUCACCAAGACGGUCCACCCGCCCGCCGGCGCCACCGCCCUGCUCGCCGUCGUCGACGACAGCGUCCUCGACCUCGGCUGGUUCCUCGUCCCCGUCGUCAUGCUCGGCUGCGCCCUCAUGCUCGUCACCGCCCUGCUCGUCAACAAUGUCCAGCGCCGCUUCCCCAUGUACUGGUGGACCCCCGAGGACCUGCACGCCCAGGUCCGCCCCUGGACGCGUCGCCGCGCCUCGGGGCCGCCGCCGCCGCCGCCCUCUUCGUCGGCGGCUGCUGCUGCUGCCGUCGAGGCCAAGGCCGGCGUCCCCGACCACAGCGACCUCGAAGCCCAGAGCACGCGCACGUCGCAGACGACCGAGGUCGGCGGCAGCGAUGACGGGCGCGAGUUUGAGCUCGUAUUGCGUGCUGGCGAGGUCAUCGUUCCGGAGCACAUGUACAUUACGCCCGAGGAGAAGAUGUGGCUCGAAAACCUGAGCAAUCGGUUGUGA